GACACUCGCCUAGGGCUUCAUCAAUCUGUCUCAAGACUCUCAGUCAGUCUCCUGCACUCGCUUAACAAUAUUAAAUUUCUCAUUUUCUCACUCCUGUCCAAUUCUCACCACCACCACGAAUUACGUCGCCGUUUUCGCUCCGAACAGUCGGAGUUGUUAUAUUUAACCUAACAACUCCGGAAUGGUGAAAUCUUCCAACCCUCGCCUUGAAGAAGACGAAGAAGCCGACCUCGACGAGGAGCUCCUACACGGAAACACUCCCUCCUCUGCCUACAAAGGUGAAGAAAUGAAGGUAGAGGGCAAGAGCAGUGAACAGAAGACGAACGCGCAUCGGUCGAAGCAUUCGGAGACAGAGCAGCGGAGGAGAAGUAAAAUCAAUGAGAGAUUUCAGACAUUGAGAGAUCUAAUACCUCAAAAUGAUCAGAAAAGAGAUAAGGCAUCAUUUCUUUUAGAGGUUAUAGAGUACAUUCAGUUUUUACGAGACAAGUUAAAUAUGUAUGAGGGGUCAUAUCAAGGGUGGAGUCAAGAGCCAACCAAACUGAUUCCAUGGAGAAACCAGAAUGGCCCUGCAGAAAGUUAUAUGGAACAUGCUCAAGUUUUAAAGAAUGGUUCUAGUCAUGAGAACAAUAUUGUUACUCCUGCAAUGCUCACAAAUGCACAGAACUCAAUGGAAUCUGAUAUGGGCACAUCUGCAGUAUACAAAGCUACUGACUUUGCCCCUGGGUCAGCUUCUCCUAUGGUUCCCUUCAAUGUACAUGCCCAACCAAACAUGUAUGCUCCUGUGGGGAGGGGCACCAUGCCGACCCAAUCAUUACAGGAAUCAAUUUCUGAUGCUGAGAACAUGAGUUACCAGCACCAAUCACAGUUCUGGCCUGGCAGAGCCUGUGCAACUGACUGUGCCAUUCUUAAUGGUUCCCUGAAUGAACAAGACCUUUUGAUUGAAAGUGGGUCAUCUAGCAUUUCAAGUGCCUACUCUCAAGGGGUAUUGAAUACUCUGACCCAAGCACUGCAAUCAUCAGGUGUGGAUCUGUCACAAGCGAACAUCUCAGUGCAAAUUGAUGUUAGAAAAAGUGUAGUAAGUGGACAAACUGUCAUGGCAUCCAGUUCAAAGGAUCAAGAGAAGCAAUAUCAAGACAAUCUAGUGAUGGCACAAACUGAAGUUCAGAGCUUUGAUGAGGAUUCUGUGCUGGUCCGCAAGAGGCUCAGAACUGAAUAAAACUGUGUUGCCUGCGUCAUCUUGUUCAUUUUUUCACUGACCAUAAUUUGAAAACUCAAUGCAGAUCAAAUGUACAUGCUUCUCUUUGGUUUGCUGGAUUUCGUUUAUCUUCCUGGAUAAAAUCAUAUUAUUAUGUAUUCAUUUAUUAUACUUCUUAUAUCAAUAGAGGCUUCCAUAUGUAUUAAUGAGAAAGCUGCUCACAUCAUUUAGUGGCAUCCAUUUCCAUAGUUAACCAUUUUGCCAUUGUUUCCGGUUCUAUGGCAAAAUUUCUGCGUGCCUCUAUUGCUGUUCAAGAUUUUGUAUUACUCAGAUUCUGUGCGGUGCAGUGAGUGCUACUGACAUCGAGUGUAUUUUUAAGUUUUAACAUGAAAUGGGCCUUAAUCUAUUUAGGUA